AUGGCUUCCCCGCUGAAGCUGGAGCAGGACAUACAGGGGAAAGUGGAUUCGUUUCGGGCCCGCAUUGCCCGGGAGGCCGAGGAACUGGUGUCCGUCUUCUUCCCGCAAAAGCUGUCGGAGCUGGAUAGUCAGGUCCAGGAGCUCCUCCUGCAAGACCUGCCCAGAAUCCGCUCGGUGCUAGCCGCCCCGGACACUGCGGGGGAUGGGUCCGACCAGGAUCCGCCGCCCGUGCACUCCCAGCCCUCGGGCAAGGUACCAGCGCUGCCAGGCGGCAAGGGACCGCUUCUGCGGAGCAACCAGCAUCUGGUGGAGCUGAUUGAACGGGUAAAACCUGAGAUUGAGCUGCUCAGAGAGAAGUGCAGCACGGUGCGGAUGUGGGUGCAGCUGCUCAUCCCAAAGGUGGAGGAUGGCAACAACUUCGGAGUGUCUGUUCAGGAAGACGCCGUGGACCAGCUGUGGACCGUGGAGAGCUCGGCAGCCUCCUACCUACGCCGCUUCUCCACCUACUACAACACCCGGGCCAAAUUGGUAUCCAAGAUGGUGAAAUACCCCCAGGUGGAGGAUUAUCGCCGCACUGUAGCCGAGGUCGAUGAAAACGAGUACCUGAGUGUGCGCCAGACACUUCUGCAUGUACGGAACCAGUAUGCCACCUUGCACGAUGUAAUCCUCAAAAACAUCGAGAAGAUCAAGACCCCUCGGAGCACCAACACUGAAAACCUAUACUGAGGACCUUUCUCCAUCCUACUUCCCUUCAGCAGGUGGCUGAGCUGUUUAGGCAGCUAAGAGGCUGGUUAUUAAUUACUCUACAGGUGAUGAAACAGCUGAAAAUGUGCAUUCCUGCUUAGUGACAAUAUCAUACAGCUGACCCUCAUACUGACUCUUGGUGUAAUUUUUUAUUCUUUUGGGGAGAGAAUGGAGAGGAACCAUCUGGUAGACGUUUGUAAGAUGGGUCAAGGAGAAAGGACUGCCAUUUUUAAAAGCAACUUUGUAGAUAAAUGUUGGCCAAGGUUUCUUUUUUAUGGCAUUGGUGACAUUGAAUGGUUCCAGGGUUGAGGGGAGGUUACCAAAGAAAACCCAAGUCUAAUCUUUAAAUCUCAUUUUGGCAGAUUAAAAUAAAACUUGGUUUUAUCAUUUUA